UUCUAUGGUGUUGUCAAAUUUAAAGUGAAUGGCUACGAUACGCUGGCACUGCGCAACUAUCUUGACUCCCGCUCCUGUGCGGAAGCGGUUGUUCUUGACGUCGUCGUAAGUAGAUUGUGCUCAGAUCGUCGCUGCUAAGCUUUUGAGGAAUACUGCUCGCGACUCAUUCCUCCACCUUCUCUUUCUCCGGAACCGAUGCCCAUUUGAGUCGGGUGGACAGUUCCUCGAACGCAUCAGCUUCUGGACACACCGCAGCGGUCAUCACUCAAAUUUGAAGAUCGCUACUGUUGGUCCCACCGCGCCUCCUUGUGUCCCGGGACGUCUCCCAGGACCUUCCGAGUCAUCACUAAGGAACAACGUCCAUUGUAACAUCCUCGCAGACGUUCGUGAAGAUGCCCGUCCAGUGCGCAGUUUGCAGUCAAUGGUGCGUCUCGCCGUCAGCGCUAUCCGUGCAUUCAAGGAUCCACACCGGAGAGAAGCCCUUUGAGUGCGCGGUCUGCAAGCAGAAGUUCAGUCGGGAAGGAAACCUUCGUAAGCACCUCCGCACCCACACCGGAGAAAAGCCUUUUGAGUGCGCGGUUUGUAUGAAGAAGUUCAGUCAGGACGAUAACCUUCGAAGGCACCUCCGCACUCACACCGGAGAGAAGCCCUUUGAGUGCACGGUCUGCAAGAAGAAGUUCAGUGAGUCAGGAAACCUGAGGAAGCACCUCCUCAUCCAUACCGGAGAGAAGCCUUUUGAGUGCACGGUCUGCAUGAAGAAGUUCAGUCAGGCAGGAGACCUUCGAAGUCACGUCCGCACUCACACCGGAGAGAAGCCCUUUGAGUGCACGGUCUGCAAGAAGAAGUUCAGUGAGACAGGAAACCUGAGGAAGCACCUGCUCGUACACACCGGGCACAAGCCGUUUGAAUGCACGGUCUGCAGUAAAAAGUUCAGUCAAACGUCAACCCUCCGAACUCAUCUUCGGAUACAUACUGGUAAGAAGCCCUAUGAGUGUGCAGCUUGCGCCAAGAAAUUUCGUCUCCCAGUUUCCCUCCGAUCCCACAUCCGUACCCACACUGCGGAGAUGCCUUGAGUGAAGGGGUGUGCUUUCAGCUGACGUUAUUUUAAGGACAGUAUGCGCCGUGGGGAACAGGUCCAAUAAUGCGGUGUCGAGAAGCCUGUCUUCUCCAGCCAGGAACAAGUAGCAAACGCUGAGAGCAGUAACUUAUUUUCGAAAUAAUGUAUUCGCAACCCAAUUCAACGCAACAGUGGACAAGCAGUUAGAACUGGAAUUUAGGUUUCAUGUCGUGGGUUAUGCUACGUGAUUCUGCAAACUGGGCUUCAUUCUGAAUUGAUAAUUUUCAAAAUUAUUGUCCCCAAAAAUGUAAAUGAAAAUUAUAUUUAAAAAAACAAAACAAAAAAAAAACAACUUUUUGUUAUCUAAGUGUUUGUUUGACGACCGGCCAACAGCUUUGACAGUUAUAUUUUGUGACACAGUAGAGGAAACCACCUGUAAGACUUAAGUUAAUUAGAUUAAUUAGUUAAAUUUCACACCAAUAAUUGUAGGAGAAAUGGUUUUCAAUGAUAAGUUGUGAGAAGACGCUCCAUUUCCGAUGCUGCUUUGUCUGACAAUGCGUCUCUAGAUGCACUGCGGUUCUGAUGUGAAUUUACAUCUUUGGUAUAUUCAAAUCAUCAUUCCUUUGUUCCAACACAUGUUACGCGUAAAGAGACAUUGUACCUUCUUGUGAGCCGCAAUGAUUGCUUUGUUAAUCUUAGCUGGUAUGGAAGUCCGGUCUGAACUUUAGUUUAUUUCAUGAUUAACAUGGUAUCACUAGUGUUCAAGUCUGUAAGUAGUAAAAAAAUACA